AUGGGAUUACCAUUAGAGUUAUUUACUGGAGAAAUGGAUUCACCAAAUGAAGAAUCAAUAAGAAAUAUCAUUCAUUGUAACAUUUUGUCUACAGUAAUGAUGACAAGUAUCAUUCUACCAAAAAUGUUAACACAGAAAGGACCUAAUCCUGGUAUUAUAAACCUUGCAUCUUAUUCAGCACUUAGAACAACUCCGUAUUUAACUGUAUAUUCUUCAACAAAAGCAUUUAUAAUACAAUUUUGCAAAUGUUUAUCUGCUGAGGCAUAUCAAAAGAAUGUGAUUAUACAAAUAUUAUGUCCAUUAACUAUCUAUACAUCAAUGACUAAACAUGAAAAACCAUCUUAUUUUAAUCCAUCUGCUAAGUCAUUUGUUCAUAGUGCAUUAAAUAUGUAUGGUGUAGUACAACAGACUACUGGUUAUAUAUUACAUGAAUAUAAAGCUUAUUUAUUUGAUUUAUUACCAACAUCAUUGUGGAUAUUAUUGACAUAUGCUAGAGUGAAUGCACGUAAGAAAUAUGUAUAA